AUGUCUGUAAAAUCAGUAGUAAAUAACAAGGGUCAUUAUAACUUACGUAGACAAAAUAUAGGUUCACAAUCAACAAAACUUAAUGCAGAUGAAAUGAAAGACGCCAUAUUAAAUAGUUUAAAAAAUGAUGAAACGUUACGUAAAUCAAUUCAUAAUAUGAUAAUAUCACAUCAUAAUGAUGAUCAGAAUGGUAAUGAUGUUCGACAAAAACAAAACUUUAAUGAUGAUAAUGGAAGUAAUCUUGCUAUGGUUGUUGAUAAAGUGGCUAAUCUAUUAUUAAAACCCGUACUAAAGCAUUUUGAAGAAUGCUUAUCAGUAUUAGAAGCAAAAAUCGAUGAUUUAGAACGUUAUAAUAGAACGUUUUAUAUACGUUUACUUGGUAUAAGUGAAGAAGCCACAGAAGAUACAACAUUGAAAAUCGUUAGUGUUAUUAAUAACAAUCUGGAUAUGUCAAUAACAACAAAUGAUAUAGAAAAUAGUCAUCGUACAGGUAAACGGAGUAAUGAUAAAAAUCGUCCUAUUAUUGCACGUCUAUACAGUCGCUCAUUACGAUUACAAAUAUUACGUUCAGCUUAUAAACGACAAGGUAAAAAUUUAAACAUAUCCAUAGUUGAAGACUUAACUAAACGUGCUUUAACAUUAUUUCAAAAUGAACGUUCUAAGUUAAAUGGAGAUCAAAAAAAGUCCAUUAUCACACGUAAUGGUCGUGUCUAUCGUGUUAACAAUGAUAAAACGUUAACUCUCAUUACAUAA